UGGGCAUGAAAUGAAGCUGGCUGGACAGCCGAGAGCAAAGCUGGGCAACAACAGCCAUUCCAUUCCGCUUUGGACGGGAUGCGAGCUUCGCAAGGAAAGACAAUCUGCUGUUUUCACUGUUGAUCAUUAGGUGGAUAAAUCUUCCUUUUCCUCUUUUUAUUGUCUCUUUAGGGGUCUCAUGGUUUGUCUCCCUCGACUAUCUUGAAUCAGUCCCCCAUCAUUCACGAAGCUUCUUCGAUUCGAUUUACGAAGGCCUCGUGCCCUUUCAACUGGCAAAUUCCCGAAAGAGCCGGCGUUUGGGCUCCGUCCAAGUGGAAGUUCCCUGAUUUUUUUCAGUCACUUUUUCUUUUUUGGGAGGGGGGUUCAUUGUUCGGCUUGUGGGGCACCCCGUUAGGCCGUCACUUACACCAAGGCCCUGAAUAUCAUCGGGCAAGCAUCACCGUCGUCACCGGGAGUUCGUAUUCCAUACCUACAUAUACGAGUCUUUUCUUCUUCAUCAACUCGCUGUUGUUCCCAUUUUCAUGGCUACAUAGUAGAAGAUCCAAAUUCGAGUCAACUCAACCUACUUGCCACAAUCACCAACAACGGCAAUACCAACUGAGGUCACACUACCACUUCUUCUCGCCUUUUCGUGCCUUGGCAGUCCGCAUCUAUCACUUCGGUAGUCAAAAGAGGCUUAUCAUUACACAACCACGAGGCAAAGGAAGAACGCCGCGGUACGACACUAGAAGCUCGGUCGGAACGUCCUUUACGUGUAUCAUUACACAGCGCCCGGGGAAUUAAUCUAUCAAACACCUCGGCAUUAUCCAGGCGACGGCAAAAGUGAAAGGCCUCGACAGCAAGAGGGCAAAAGGGUCGGUCUCUAGUUUCCGAGGUUCGACAUCACACAACUUUAAGGUUGGACGUUGACGACUUUGCUCGUUGGCAAGGAGGUUAUACGAACUGGACGCUUCGAAGCUCAAGAAGAGAAGAGAUUGAGGGUACUCAUACCAGCUCGUGGUCAAGUACGUCAGGUCGCCGUUAAUAAACGGACGGCAUCAGACACAUAACUCGAUUCUUGGAAUCUUCACAUUGCAACACAACAAAUCUUUCAUCACAACGACUCAAACAUGGUCCGCUUCAUGGACGAACAAGACGCGCGUGCCCGCCGCGGCCGCGGUCCCUCUCCAACCCGCUCUCAUCACUCCAGUCGCGACAGAGAUUACUCCCCCGAUUUCAUCUCUGGCCCCGGCCGCGCUCCUCGUCCGUAUGCCAGUGGUGCCAUCCCAUCAACAGCAACAGCACAUCCAGCACCGCCACCCGUUCCCUCCCCACCACUUUCUCCUCCUAUCUCUUACCGCACCGGAUCGGGGCCAGGGCCAGGGCCAGGAGGGUACGUCUACGACGACGGCCGAGACCGAAAUGGCACUCCGCUCCGGGGUAGAGACCGCUCCUGGGAGCGCAGCUCCGGCAUUGGUACCAAUCCCCCCGUCGCAGCGCGAACCAUCAGCGUCAGCAGGAGCAGAAGCCGGUCCCGCGGCCCAAGCCUAGCUUCAGCCCCAUCGGCAGCGCCCGGCACUCGCGAGCGGCACAUUGUCCGUGAGACCAAAAUCUACGGCGGCCCAGAACUGCGUGAUCCCGAGCGAGCCGUCCAAGCCCUCGCGGUCACCGACGCCCGUCGGGCUCGCUCUCCCAGCCGAGACAGCCGUAUCAGCCGUGGCCUGUCUCGCUCUCGCUCCCGCUCCCGCUCCCGCGGCGCUCGCAGCAUCUACACCACAGACGACGAGUCAGACUACCCCCGCUCUUCCCGUCGACGACGCUCCCCUUCAUCCCGCCGUUCCCGCUCUCGCUCUCGCUCCCGCCGCUCCCCCAGCCCAGCAGCAGCACCCCUCCGCAAAGCCAAAGACCUCUACUCGUCUACUUUUUCCCCCUCCACCACCGCCUUGGGCGUCGGCGUCCUCGGCGCCAUCGUCGGCGGACUAGCAGCGCGCGAAGCAACUGAGAAGCACGCACGUAAUAAAUCGUCUCAUCACAAUGGCAAGAAAUCCCACCACGACAGCCACAGCAGUAGUUCCAGGAGCAACAGGAAGAGCCAAAAAGAAGAAGAAGAAAGAGAGCGUAAAGCGGCGCUGAUUUCCACUAUCGUCGGUGCUGCUGUUGGAGGGUUGGGGGCGAAUGUGAUUGAGAAGAAGUUGGAAGAAAAGAAGAAGAAGAAGAAGAAGGCGGGAGAAGAAGAAGAAGAAGAAGAGAAGAGAGCGAAGGAACGGGGAGGAGGGGGGUAUCGGGAGUUGAGGGAUCGGGAUCGGGAUUUGGAUUUGGAUGAUGAUGAUAGGUAUGAUAUUAGGGAUAGAAGAAGGAGUAGAAGUCGACAUGGUGGUGGUAGUGGUAGAGGAAGUAGCAGUUUGGAUACGCCGGCGUAUUCGGAUGAUGAUGAGGGGUAUUAUGGGAGUGCGGGGAGUGCUUAUGGGGUUGGUUCGAGGAGGGGAGGGGGGACGACGACGGUUAGGGGAGGACGUUGAGAGAGGGUUUUGAAGGUGGGAUGAUGAUGGGUACUAGGUUGAGUUGGUUUAGUGAUGGCUGUUGUUUGACGACCCUUUCUUCUAUAAUGUUGCCUUUUCCGACCUGGAGGACAAUUCCAUGAUUUGAGAACAAGCUCAGCGCCUCUUGUGUAUUAUUUGAAACAAGUAAGAAAAUCAGUAGGGGGUCACUCUUCUUCGAGCAGGAUCGCUAUCACGUCCGCGAUGAAGAGGAGUGGGUGUAUUUUGCUAAUAUGACAGAACUAGGUGUACUACAAAAAUGAGGAAGCCUAAAGGUAACGAGAAAAUUAAAAGACUGGAG